AUUCAGUUGAUUUUUGAUCGCGGCUUAGCUUAAACGGAAACGGAGAACCAACCAUCACCGCAAAGUAGGAAGUGUCUGUGAAUUGUGUGUCGUCAAAUCGAAAUAAGUUUAACGCAUAUAAAAAAGUAAAAAAAAAAACUUUCAAAAUGAACAAACGCAUCCAGUCAAGUAUCCUGAUUGCUAUGGGACUAAUAAGUUUAGUUCAUGCUGUUGCUGUUGGCACACCCGAAUGUCCCGAGAAAAUAGGAGUACAAGCUUAUGCUCAUACGGAAAAUUGUGAUCAAUUUUUCUUGUGUGUAAAUGGCACGUUGACUUUGGAGACCUGUGAAAAUGGAUUGUUGUUCGACGGCAAAGGAGCUGCACACAAUCACUGCAACUAUAAUUGGGCAGUUGAUUGUGGUAACCGACACUAUGAUCCUACACCAAUCUCGACACCUGGAUGUGAAUACCAAUUCGGUAUCUACCCAAUCUCUCCUGAAUGUUCUACCAGCUAUGUCAAGUGUGAAUACGGUGAGCCACAUCAACUUGAAUGUGAUGCUGGAUUAGCUUAUGAUGAAAGAAUCCACGGAUGCAAUUGGCCUGAUCAACUUUUGGAGAAAUGUAACCCAGAAGCCGUUGUUGGUUUCAAGUGUCCAACAAAAGUAGCACCUGAUUCAGUAGCUGCUCGUUUUUGGCCAUUCCCACGUUUCCCAGUCUCCGGCGAUUGUCAUCGAUUAAUUACAUGCGUUGAAGGUUAUCCACGAUUGAUCACUUGCGGUGAAGGUAAGGUCUUCGAUGAAAACACACUCACAUGUGAGGAUCCUGAAAAUGCUCCAGCUUGCAGAGGCCACAAGUAAUAAGCCAUCACAUUUGGAAAGUGAAAUAUUAAAAAAAAAAAAUUGAACAUCUCUUCACACUUUGUACAAAGAAAAAUCUGUUAAAGUAAAAGAAAAAAAAAAAUCACUUACUACUCUUCGGACUUAUUUCUCACCUAAACUUGAAUGUAAAGAUUGUAUUCCUUUAAUUUUAUUGUGUUUUAUUUUGUAAUGUUAAAUAUUUUUGUUGUUUUGUUUUUAUUUUAAUUUUUUUUUUGGAAGAAGAAGAUUGUACAUAUACA